UCUUGAUGUCUAGGUUGUAACCUGUGAACCUUGAUGCGAAGCGCUACCUAGGCCAUGUGAUCAAGAAAACGAAAACUUCCACACAGAGCCACAUGAAGCCGUAUGCGAUGGUUCUACCGUCAACCGCCUUGUUUGGAUCUUCGUUUGGCAGCAUGUUCCUCAAGACAAUUGGGAGCAGCAACGCUAGCCUCCUGCUGAUAUUGGUGUUUGCCUUUGUGAUCACGUAUUCCAUUGGCUACUUGUUCAUGCGGAGACCGGAUAUGACGUGCGGUUCGGAGAGUGCGUCGUCGUGUCCAGCCGGCAGUGAGCAGCGUACCAAGGAAAGCAGCAGCAGUGCGAACGGCCCGACGAGCAGUUCCGGUGGCCGGAAGGACGAGACCACUCCGCUACUCGAGGGCUCCGGAGACGAAGACGACGAAGAAGAGGAGGAUGAACACUCGUCUUCGGAGUCGGCAGCCAACGAGAAAGAAGCCAACUGAAGCUCUUAUUUCGGCUCAAUCUUCGUGCCGCACCUUGCGAGGUCUCUCACAUAUAUUCAAGAACAUGCAGUUGAGAGGGACAUUAAACA